AUGAAGUGCUCCUUCACGAAUAGCGGAGCAACGGAGAGUGGAGGGAGAUGGAACUGCAUGCAAAGAGACAUAGCUGCGAGUAUUUUCCAGCAUCUGAACAUCAUGGAGUUGCUGCUGCUGGUCCCUCUGGUGUGCCGAUCAUGGCGUGCCGCAUCCCUCGACCCCCUCUGCUGGUCCACCCUCGACAUGAGGCUCAUCGCCGAUUUAAAGGACUACUGGGAGUUUUCCGAUCCCAACAUUAAUGGACGAGUACAUAUGCGAGUGUUCAAAGCGGCCGUCGACCGCUGUGGAGCAGCAGUCAGAUGCUUCAUCUUCUCCAUAUUUGUCCCGCCGACCGAUGAGGAGUUGGAGUAUAUCUCUCAGAGAUGUCGCAACCUCAAGCAGCUUGUCUUGCCCAACUGUGAGCUCCUCUCAGCUGACGGCUUCUGCAAUGCCUUGAGCAAUUGGAGUGAGCUCGAGGAUUUAGCUAUGCACCCCAAAGACACAUAUCUAUGCGGUUGGCCUCCGAAUAGAUCCCUCCCUCCGUUGUAUUUCUCGAGGAUUAUGGAGGGCAUCGGCAUGCACUGCAAACGACUGAUCAAGCUCAGACUUUUGAGUUGUAUCAGUCUCUCCAACGCAUCAGAAAUAACAAAACACAUCCCUUGGCUCAAGAUUCUGGAUCUCUCAUUUGCGCCAAUAUCGGAGGCAGGCUUUGCACUUAUUUUAGAGGGCUGCAAGCAAUUGAUUCACCUAAAUAUCGCUCACUUCCGCAGUGAUACUGAAUAUCGAGGCAGCGGUUGGUGUCCAGCUGCCGGUGAAUUCAAUCCGGAGCUCAUCACCAGAGCAGCUCAUGGCCUCAAGGAAUUCAUCCGGUGCCACCCAGAUGAAUGUGACACGUGCCAAUCUAUGUUCCCUGAUCUGCACCUAUUAGAUGUCAGAUAUUUUUGGCUAUUAGAAGGGCAUCCAGUUUCGUUGGCAAAGGCCGCCUUUAUGGAUUUUUAUCCAAUCGAUAUUGGUUGGAGCUAUCUGAAUGCUCGGUUCAUCCCCAAAUAUAUAUCGACCACUUUAAUAUGCAACCGAAGAAAAAUUUUCUGGCAUCGCGGAAGGGUGCGGCGGGUCUAUGAAAAAACCUAUGGACAGAGCUUGAUUCUGUAA